GUCCUGAUGAUAGUACAAAGUGUUUUGACUGUGGACUCACUGUGAAGAACUGGAAAAGUGAUGAUGAACCGUGGAAAGUUCAUGCCAGACUCAGCAAGAACUGUUCAUUCUUGCGCUUAAAGUAUGGAGCAGCAGAAGUUGAUGAAGAGUGGAACUCUGCACAGAAUACUGAGAAAGUUAGGGAGCGGAAUGAUUAUAUCACACGUUUAGUGAAAGACAAUGAAAAGCUUGUGAGAGAAAACCAGGAAUGUACACAAAAGAAUACUGAGAAAGUUGGGGCGCUGAAUGAUUUUAUCACACGUUUAGUGAAAGACAAGGAAAAGCUUGUGAGAGAAAACCAGGAAUGUACACAAAAGAAUACUGAGAAAGUUAGGGAGCUGAAUGAUUAUAUCACACGUUUAGUGAAAGACAAUGAAAAGCUUGUGAGAGAAAACCAGGAAUGUACACAGAAGAAUACUGAGAAAGUUAGGGAGCUGAAUGAUUAUAUCACACGUUUAGUGAAAGACAAUGAAAAGCUUGUGAGAGAAAACCAGGAAUGUACACAAAAGUUGCAGAGUGGUGAGAUCAUCAGACAACUGAAUGAUUAUGCGAAAGAGUUGGAGGAAAGGAUUGAAAGUCUCAAAAAAGCAGACCAGGAGCAUAACAAAUAUGUACAGAAGUUGACAAAACGUUUUGAAUUUGAGAGGUAUUUCUGGAAAAGAGCACUGAGAGCCAAAGUGAGGGAAUGUGCUAUGGUGAAUGAUCUUCAUAGAAGAGCAGUGGCAGAGAAGGAACAGUUACAAGUGGAGAGAAACAAUAUUGCCAUGAUACUAAACAGGCAAUUAGAGGAGUUCCAAACAAAUUUUGAUUUUCUAAAUAGGAAAGUCACACAUUUGGAAGAGCAACUAAAUGUGAACACAGUGGCUCAAGUAGUGUGUAUGGAGUUUGGAUAUAGCCGUGAGAUGGUGAUGGAAGCUUUUGCGGAAUGGGAAAGAAGACAUGGUUGUAAGGCUGCUGAUUUGAUGGAAAUUCUGAUGGAGGUAAGUGGAGAAUGGCAAGCUUCAGAUGUAGGACAGAUGGUCAAUGAAGAGAGGCAGUACAGAAGGGAGGAUAGGCAGGAAGACCGGCUUGAAGGAGCAGUUGGUGGCCAAGAUCCUUCAGGAUUGUCUAUGAAUCUGUUGAAAGCGGAUGAUGUGACUGAGCAUAGCACAACUGGUUUUGUAGAAGGAGAAGAUGAUGGAAUAGUUACACCAACUGGUUCUGCCUACAGAGAACAUUCUGUGUAAAAAGGAUUGAGUGCGGAUAAUUAUAUGCAUGGUUAUCAGAUCAUAAAGGUUGAAAAGAAGCGAAGAUGAGGAGAAAAGAACUGUUAUACAUUUCAGUGCAGUAUGAAUUGUCAUUUGAACAUGUCUGCAAUUAUUUGAAAACUUUCCAACAUGACGUGAGUACUUCCCAUGAACGCUGAAAUUGAAAUGUGGAAAUAAGUACUUUAGAUAAAAUUGUUUUAUCUUGACAAUAAAAUGAGCAGAAUAUUAAUAUGUAUAGAUGUAAGGAUUUCAUUUGGGACAUACUAGCACUAAAAAGUGUAGAAUGUUAUGUAUUUUUAUCGCUAAUGUACAAAUGUUUUUCAGGUUUUUAGCCUGUUUAAGAUAGCCUUUGACAUUUAUAUUUUUAUCAUCAUUUGAUGGUUGUAUAUAAACUGGUGCAAAUGAUAAAGUCAGUUUGAGUACAGAUGUGCUAAAUAUUACAUUGGAUAACAGUUGUAAAAUAUCUUUAAGUUCUGAAGAAAUGUACUGCUUUUGAAUUUUAAGGUAUUUGAUAUUGUUUUCUUCCAAGUGCAAAAAAAAGGUUUUUGUGAAUAACAAAUCAUCACUGAGAUUUUUUAGCAGGAAUACAAAGUCUAGAUUUUUAGCUCGACUAUUCGAAGAAUAAGUAGAGCUAUCCUACUCACCACGGUGUCGGCGUCACACCCUGGUUAAGUUUUUCGUACCAGUCCACAUUUUGACAAAGUCUUUUGAGAUAAAGCUUUGAAACUUUCAACACUUGUUUACCAUCACCAUGUCCAGUUAUAGGCAAGAGUACAUAACUCUCUCAAGAAUUUUGACUGAAUUAUGGCCCCUUUUGACUUAGAAGUCUUUGUUAAGUUUUUCGUACCAGUUCAUAUUUUGACAAAGUCUUUUGAGAUAAAGCUUUGAAACUUUCAACACUUGUUUACCAUCACCAUGUCCAGUUGGCAAGAGUACAUAACUCCAUCAAGCAUUUUGGUUGAAUUAUGGCCCCUUUUUGACUUAGAAAUCUUGGUUAAGUUUUUCGUACCAGUCUGCAUUUUGAAAAAGUCUUUUGAGAUAAAGCUUUGAAACUUUCAACACUUGUUUACCAUCACCAUGUCCAGUUGUAGGCAAGAUUACAUAACUCCAUCAAGCAUUUUGGCUGAAUUAUGGCCCCUUUUGACAUAGAAAUCUUGGUUAAGUUUUUCGUACCAGGUUAUAUUUUGUGUAAAGUGUUUGACAUAUGGCUUUGAAACUUUUAUAUCUUGUUCAGUAUAAUAGUCUCUAUCAGUAGGCAAGAGUACAUAACUCUGUCAUCUUUUUUGGCUGAAUUAUGGCCCUUUUUGAACUUGGAAAUUGGUUCUGUUUUGUAUAUGUCCAUGUUUUGUCAAGACUAUUUGACAUAUGGCUUUUAAACUUUAAACACUUGUUUAUCAUUAUGAUUUCCAUCUGUAGGCAAGAGUACAUAACUCUGACAACUAUUUUGGCUGAAUUAUGGCCCUUUUUGGACUUUGAAAUUUGUUAUGUUUUUCUUACAAGUCAGCGUUUUGUCAAAACUAUUUGAACUGUGGCUUUGAAACUUUUAACACUAGUUUAUCAACAUGAUUUCCAUCUGUAGGCAAGAGUACAUAACUCUGUCAACUAUUUGGACUGAAUUAUGGCCCUUUUUGGACUUGGAAAUUAGUUAAAUUUUUCAUACAAGUCCAUAUUUUGCCUAACAUAUAACUUAACAUAUUUUGCCAUCAUGGUCACACAUUGCCAUUUAGUGCAAGACUAAUCGAAAUCCACAAAUACAGGAACAUUUUUUGUUUAAUCCAUUUUUUCUUUUGUCUGAAAAUCUAUGGAAAUAUUUUGACCCCAUUCUUCAAUCAAUUCUUCGAAUAGUCGAGUGCGCUGUCAUCCGACAGCUCUUGUUUGUCUUUAUAGUUACAACUUUGGAAAGAUAAAAUUUAUAAAAUUUUCUACAUGGUGAAUUACAUAAAUACAUUUUUGGACAAUACUUUGUCUUGGGGAAAAUUACUGUGUUUGUCCUUUGUUUAUGUUUUGGCAUUAUAUAAGCUGCAAAACUGAGGUAUCUUAAAAUAAGGCAAAUGCUUAGGGCUUAAAUAAUCUAAAAGUAGCUCAUUUCCAUUACAUUCUAAUUAUCUUGUUUCUUUGCGGAGAGAAUUUAUUGAGGAGGAGAGAACACCAGCAAAAUGUUGCAUUACAUGCUUGUUGCUGGUUCAUUAAGAGUUAUUAGUUAUAUGUGCCUGCCGGUUUAGCCCAGUAUGUAGAGCACAGGACUGUUGGUUGAACAGUCACAAGUUUGAUCAUGGUUGAGGCAAAUGUUGUCUAUAAUUAUUUGAUAAAAGACAGUAUGUUUGAAGUCAGUCAUCCACUACUGCUGAUUUCUAAUUCAUGUGGGAAAAUUAUCGGUAACUGUUGGAGAAUAAACAAUUACUGGUUUUGAAUCCAUAGUAUCUAAUUAGGUUAACUGAUCACCUUAGCCAAACUUAGUAUUGAAACAGUUUGAGUAAUUUGCAGUCUAAAUGAGUGGAAAUAUAGAUUUUUCCAGUAACUGUUAAUAUUAAGUUUUGAUUUCCAAGAUAUUGUUUUAAGAGAAAACACAGAAUAAACGAGGGAACAGUUUCAUUUGAACCUUGGAAUGAAUGUGAAACCAAUUACUAACAACUCAUCAUUUCAUUUAUUAGAUUUUUUUCUGCAAGAGGCUUAGAGAUGGGUGCAGGAACAGAAACAAAAAACCAAAAAAACUCACAGUAAACUUUCUAAAAUAAUCUUUUGAAAAAGCAUAUCAUUUUGCAUUUAAUAUGUUUUCAUAGAUAUUACGCAACUAAAUUUCAGAAAUUGUUUUAGUAGUUUCUGUAAUUGUACCUUUUAGUAGAUGUAUAUAAAAAGAAAACAAAUCAAAAUAUUACUUUCAUUGAAGAAC